UUAGAAUUAUGAUUACCCUGCCGAGCACUGGAUAAGGAAUCCACAUCUAACCGUUGAAACUCAAAUGACGGUCAAGAAUUACAGGGGGGAUCAAGUGUUGGAAAACGAAGUACAGACCGAAGCAAAGUGUAAAUUUCAACAACUUUAAGAUUUAAGAGGGUCCCAAUGGAAUGGAGCAAUUGAGAAUCAAGAUAAUGACUAAACAAAAAGAUGUUUCUUCAAGGAUCUAGUGGAAGAGGAGCUUAGCCAGAAGCAAUUGUUGAUGAUGAUGCAGCUCAGCUCAUCUCUGUAGAUAGAGAGUGUUUUGAGCUACUACAUUAUUCUGAAGCUUUGAUUACUUGUAAAAAUGGUGCAAUCUCUUCUACAAGCUAUUCCACUUUUUUAUUCCCCCUCUAUCUCCACCUCCAGGAGAGGGCUUGGGAAGAUGAUGCUGAAGUGCUCAAUUGAGCAUCCUUCCGGAUCUAGUAAGCUAGUGACCAAACAUGUCUUAUCUAGUUUUGCAGCUUCGAUAAUCUUCCUCUCCCAAAUUGAUCAGGCUGUGGCUGCUAAUGUACCCCAUCAACGAAGUAUAUGCCAGCUUGCAAAUGCAGCAAGUAAUUUGCCAACUCUUCCACUUGAUGAGGAUUCUGAUAAAGGAGGCGCGAAGCUAAUGAUGAUGAGAGGCAUGACAGCUGAGAAUUUCGAUCCCAUCAGAUAUUCUGGAAGAUGGUUUGAAGUAGCUUCUCUUAAACGCGGAUUUGCAGGACAAGGUCAGGAAGAUUGCCACUGCACGCAGGGUGUCUAUACGUUUAAUAUGGAGGCACCAUCAAUUCAGGUUGAUACCUUUUGUGUUCAUGGAGGCCCUGAUGGAUAUAUAACAGGUAUUAGAGGAAAGGUCCAAUGCCUAUCAGAAAACGAUUUGGAGCAAAAUGAGACUGAUCUGGAAAAACAGGAGAUGAUCAAAGGGAAAUGCUAUCUGCGUUUCCCAACAUUGCCUUUCAUUCCUAAAGAGCCGUAUGAUGUGAUUGCAACAGACUACGACAAUUUCGCUCUUGUUUCUGGAGCGAAAGACAAAAGUUUUAUACAGAUAUACUCAAGGACACCUAACCCUGGGCCUCAAUUCAUUGAAAAGUACAAGUCUUACUUGGCCAACUUUGGAUAUGAUCCGAGCAAAAUCAAAGACACUCCACAAGAUUGCCAAGCAAUGUCAAAUAGUCAGCUAACUGCGAUGAUGUCAAUGCCAGGAAUGCAACAGGCUCUAACUAACCAGUUCCCUGAUCUUGGAUUGAAAGCCUCUGUUGAGUUUGACCCUUUUACUAGUGUCUUUGACACUUUGAAAAAGCUUGUUCAGCUCUAUUUUAAGUAGUUUCUCAGUAAACUUGCUAUGUAAAUUUUUAUUUACUUUUUCUUUUUUCUUUUACCUAUAAUCCAACUCAAGACAGUAAAUAAAUGUAUUUAUUUUAAGCUUUGACUUGAUAUAUUCUAAUAGUACCUUGGAUAAUAACAUCCAGCUCUCGAACAGAUUAUUAAUAACACAAAAUAAGUACCAACUUUCAACCAA